AUGACCAAAGCCAAAGCAGUGGAAGAAGCACGAAACCACCAUCAUAGUAACCCACACUACUCUUCCGAAGACGACACAACCAUCACCCAAAACGACGUCACCAACACUUCCACUCCCAACUCUCCCACCCAAUUCCCCUUCCCCACCAUGUGCAAAUACGACGCCUGGAUCUCCGAACCUUCUUCCCUCUCCGAACGCCGUUCCCGCCUUCUCCGCCAAUUCGGCCUCCCUGCUCCGCCUCCCUCCGCCGCCGGCGCCGGAAUAUUCCGAUCAAAAUCAGAUAACUCCGCCGAUCGCGGCGCAAAGCAUUGCAUUCGUGGCAAUGAGGGUCGUGUGGGUGUGUGUGGGGGUGGUGGAAUUGGGAGUGAGGGUUUGGAUGAAGAAGCUUGCACGAUUAGGGAUUUGGAUAAUGGGAAGGAGUUUGUGGUGAAGGAGGUGAGGGAGGAUGGGGUGUGGAACAAGGUGAAGGAAGUGGGGACUGGGAGGCAUUUGACUAUGGAGGAAUUUGAGAUGACUGUGGGGCAUUCUCCCAUUGUUCAAGAGUUAAUGAGUAGGCAGAAUGUGGAGGAAGGUAAUGGGGAUGGUGUGGAUUUGAAUGGGAACGGUGGUGUUUGUGAUGAUCAUGGUGAUUGUGAUGGUGAUGGUGGCAAGGUGAAGAAGAGAGGGGGUUGGUUUAAUUUCAAGAGUAUAAAGAGUGUUGUUGUUGGUCAUAAGGAGAGGCGGAGUGGCGACGAGAGGGAUACCUCGUCCUCCGAGAAGGGUGGAGGCCGGAGGUCGAGCUCCGCCACCGAUGAUAGCCAGGAUGGUAGUGGUAAUGGUGGUGGUGGUGGUUUGUUUCAUGGGCCUGAGAGAGUGAGGGUUAGGCAAUAUGGGAAGUCAUGUAAAGAGUUUACAGGGGUUUAUAAGAGCCAGGAGAUACAGGCUCAUGAUGGAUCAAUUUGGAGCAUCAAGUUUAGUUUGGAUGGGAAGUAUCUUGCUAGUGCAGGUGAGGAUUGUGUGAUCCAUGUUUGGCAGGUUGUGGAGUCGGAGAGGAAGGGUGAGUUGCUGCUGGAGAAACCGGAAGAAGGGAAUUUGAAUGUCUUGUUUGUAGUGAAUGGGUCGCCGGAGCCGGCUUUGUCGUCUCCUGGUGUGGACAGUAGUGUAGAGAAGAAGAGAAGGGGGAGGUUGUCCGUUAGCAGAAAAUCUUUGAGCUUGGACCAAUUAGUGGUGCCAGAAACUGUGUUUGCACUCACUGAAAAGCCUAUAUGCUCCUUUAAGGGCCAUCUCGAUGAUGUGCUUGACCUUUCUUGGUCCAAGUCUCAGCACUUGCUCUCGUCUUCAAUGGACAAAACAGUGCGGCUGUGGCAUUUGUCUAGCAAGUCUUGUUUGAAAAUUUUUUCACACAGUGACUAUGUAACUUGCAUCCAGUUUAAUCCUGUUGAUGAUAGAUACUUCAUUAGUGGAUCUUUGGAUGCUAAGGUUCGCAUAUGGAGCAUUCCUGAUCGACAAGUUGUUGAUUGGACUGAUCUGCAUGAGAUGGUCACUGCUGCUUGUUAUACGCCUGAUGGCCAGGGUGCACUAGUUGGCUCAUACAAGGGUAGUUGCCAUUUAUAUAAUACAUCUGAAAAUAAGUUGCAACAGAAAAGUCAGAUAAAUUUGCAGAAUAGGAAAAAGAAAUCGAGCCACAAGAAAAUUACUGGCUUCCAGUUUGUGCCAGGAAGUUCAUCAGAAGUACUCAUCACAUCUUCUGAUUCUCGGAUUCGACUUGUUGAUGGUAUUGAUCUGGUUCAUAAAUUUAAAGGGUUUCGGAAUGCAAAUAGCCAAAUUUCUGCCUGCCUCACAGAAAAUGGUAAAUAUGUUGUCUCAGCAAGUGAGGAUUCUCAUGUAUACAUCUGGAAAAAUGAAGCUGAUUGCCGACCUAGCAGGAGCAAAGGUGUCACUGUCACAAGCUCAUAUGAGCAUUUUCACUGUAAAGAUGUGUCAGUGGCCAUUCCUUGGUCUGGAAUGGAUGAUGCAUGGGAGAUGCAUGAUACAUUUUGUGGUGGUGGACUUGAGCUCGAUGAUGAUAACCUGGAUGAGGUCUCAUCGGCCAAUCAUCCUCCUACCCCUGUAGAGGAAAAUAUUGGUUCUGAGGGUUCACAAUUUGCUUCAGGAUGCAAUAAUAGUCCUCUUCAUGGAACCAUUGCAAGUGCAACAAACAAUUAUUUUUUUGAAAGAAUUUCGGCGACAUGGCCUGAGGAAAAACUUCUAACUACAAGGGACCGGAGCCCUCGGGUCAGCAUAGAUUUAUCUAAUGGGGUGAAUCAAAACAUGUCAGCCUGGGGUAUGGUGGUUGUAACUGCUGGCUUUCAAGGGGAAAUUAAAACUUUCCAAAAUUUUGGAUUGCCACUUGGUAUAUAAGAGGUGAUCGAAAAUUCAUGCCUAUGAGCAUGGGAGAAUAACUUGAAGACAUCAACUCAGGCAAAGGUAAAGGAGGGGUUUAGGGGUUGUAGACUUUCACUUUCUCCAUUUGUUGGUGAUAAUUUGUACAGAGAGGUGUUGGUGAGAUAGUAUA